AGAUGUUGUACCCAAGGUAUUGUGACACGUGUUAAAAAUGUCGCCUGCUCUCAGCUUCGGUACCGAGUAGUCUCGCUUGGGGUACAGAUGCUGGAACUAUUGAAUAUUCAUGCAACAGUAGACGUACAAUGCAAUAUGUGGCGAUAGAAAAAAAUCGAACAAGUCCGAUUGAUGCUCUGUUGUCAUGGCUUCGCAAUUCCAUCUACCAUAUUAUCAUAUUAAAUGCAGAUAAAAUUUUCAUGAAUUGCCGAGUCACAUGACCAUGCAGUAAAGCAAUGUUCGUGAACAUGCAAAAAAUGGUCGAGAAGGAUGCAGAUUUUGUAACAAGUGGUUCGAAAGUCCUUCGUGUAGAUGGGAAGCAUCAACAUUAUUUUUUUGCGCAGGAAAUCGAAUUCUGAUUCAAGAAUAGUGUUAGUUCGCUAUUGAUCCGAAAAGUCCGUGGUAUGCUGCAUUCAACAAGCACACAUUAUUCGAUAUUGACGCGCAAAACGUCAUGCGAACUGCUGGAAUUUUGUGUGUGUUCGGAGUAUUUAUAUGAAUAAAUGUGAAAUGGAACAAAGUGAUUCAAAAAUAUUUUUUCACGGGAAUUCACUUCUGUAAUCUGCGUUGGUUUCAGUUGGGUUUAGUAUAUCGUCACAUCGUGGCCGGACCACUUAAACUAAUGUAAAGUUCGCUCCUUGUGCAUUGUACAAACAGAAAAUAAAAGUAGCUGAUUAUGUCCUUUUAUACGAAUAUACUAAGGCCAUCGUAUAAAAACAAGGAGGGAUUUUUCGAUUUUGAUCAGGAUUUAUUUCAGGUAUGGAAUAUAAGCUAUCAGUGAGGAAGUCAUGGGAAAGAAAAUUCAGUGUUUGGGGCGGUACGUUAUGGACUGCCAGACUUUGGGCAAGGGCAGCUUCGCCCGUGUAGAGUUGGCGACCCACGGUGUUACAGGAUGCAAGGUUGCAAUUAAGAUAAUUGAUACCCGUAAAAUUAAGGAUGAAUAUUGCCGCCAGAAUCUGCACAGAGAGGCCAGAAUUUUAGCCCAGCUCCGUCACCCUAACAUUAUUCGCCUGUAUGAAACGUUGAAGGCGACAACUCUCUACUGCCUAGUGUUGGAGGGUGCCCUGGGUGGAGACUUGAUGACAUUUAUCAGGACUCACAAACAGUUCUAUCUGCCAGAGGACAAAGCCAGAGACUUCUUGAGACAACUUGUAUCUGCAAUUCACUAUCUCCAUGAAAGAGGGGUUUCCCACAGGGAUUUAAAAAUGGAAAACAUCAUGCUGGAUGAGAAGAGAAAGAAUAUCAAAAUAGUGGAUUUUGGUCUCAGUAACACAUACAACAAGGACGAGUUGAUGAAGACUCGGUGUGGCUCCCUGGAAUAUGCAGCUCCAGAGCUGUUUCAUCCUUCAGACAAGUAUGGGCCGGAGGUGGAUGUGUGGGCACUAGGUGUUAUAACAUAUGCAAUGGUGAUCGGAAAGCUACCCUUUACUACACCAUACACAGAUCAGUAUAGAAGACAGAAACUUCUGCAGCAGGUAGAAAAAGGGAUCACUGAACUUCAGCUCAAAGAGAUGUGUCACUUGACAGAAGAACUGAAACAGUUGCUUUGCAAGUUAUUGGAACCAAAUCCUAGUCAUCGUCUGCCUCUCAUGGAUGUGGAGAUACACCCUUGGGUGACCUGUGAUGCCAAAAUGCCUUUCUACCCAUUUCAUGCCUUUCCAAGGGACAAACUGCUCAAGUCCCAGGUUAUCGAUGAGUUGACAGAAAUGAUGAACAUGAACAAGGAACAAGUAGAGAAAACAGUUCAUGAGAGUAAAUGUGAUGAACUGUCUGCCAUGUUUAACAUGAUGAUGGACAACAAAAGGAAAGAGAAGGGGGUAUUCGACCUGGACUACACCAGCUUCCAUGAAAGGAGAAGAGAGAAAAGAGAAUCUAAAGCUGCUACCUCCAACCCCAGCCUACAGAAAGAAGGCAGUGGUACACAGAUGACAGAGGCAGAGAGACUGCAAGCAGCUCACGACCACAAAGUCAGCACUGCAUUUGACUUCAUGGCCCUCUGUAGUGCUCCGACCUGGCUAGAAGGAAAAAAGAGGAGAUCUCGGAGACGAAAAAAUCCGUUACAAUCUCCACUUCCAUCUGCUGCUGCUGAGGCAGAAUCUGUUCAACAUUCAACAGAAACCCUGAUUGUUUCUCAGGGGACUCCAGACAACCCCAAUCUGCUAUCUCCCGGUCAGGCCCAAACUCCCUUCAACAGACGCUCCCUCCGACGGAGGUCAUCCAAACGGAGGACAGGGCCUCGAUCCAGUUCCUAUGGCCCAGGGCAACGGAGGACAAAUAGCAUGAAGGAGCAGAAGUGUUCCUCACAACCCAACAGUCCCAUACUGCUCAUUAACCCGGAAAUCAAGAUUGAUCCUCCAAUCAGUGCAAAUCAAACUCCAAGGUCUGCCAGGACACCUUUCCAUUCUGAAUCUGUGACACUGUUGGUGCCCAAUCAGAAACAGCACAAAUCCUGCAGUGAUGUGACUGAUGACUCAUCGCAUGAUGAAAGUGAUCAGAAUUGUUCAGAUGCUUUCUGUCCAUAUUCUGCAAGUUACAUUCAUUCUGAUGAAAUCAUUCCCGUGUUAGUGAGUAAAACCACCACAUCUACUGCUGAAAUACAUUCCAGGCAAUCAAAACCAUUGUUAGAGGCUGUGCAUCAGGAUUCUGUGGAAGCCAAAAUUGCUUCUGUGGAUAUUAAAGCAAUUGUGAGACCUAAAAACAGGUUAAUCUCUCCAUCGAGGAAUGGGCAGAUUCAUACUACCGUAGAUCAUUUUGCAAGGAAUGAAAAAGAGUGCAAUUAUUCCUCUUCUGGUUCUUGUGAUGAAAAUUAUACUAUGCAAAAGAGUGACAUUCAGGUGAUGUCAGAAGGCGAUAGUCAGGAUGAGGCGUGCGGUGGAUGUGACCAUGUGGAUGGCAAUAUUCCAAACAUGUCUCAGGAUGUUGGAGUAGUUUGUCUUUCAGAUAUAGAGUGUUCUGAGGACCAGUCCGAUAGUCGAACCAAUUUGUUAAAUGUGGUGAAUCCAAGUUCAGUGGUGAAGGAAAUUCAUCAUCCAUUGAAAGGGAGGAGGAUUAAUUCGAAAGAUCAGAAAGUGAAUACCACCUUGAUUGACCUGAAACCUAGUAAAAUAUGCACACCUCAAAAGCUAGACUUAAAAUUGCCAGUGGUGAAAAAUUUCCCUGUCGCACAAAGUGUUCAUGCCAAAGAUAUUGCCAAUGAAUCCAGUAGUGAGAUGAAUGUACCAGAGUCUUCUACUCACCCAAAUCUUCCAGAGGACAAACUCAGUCCACUAACUCCAUCAGAGAGCUAUUCAAAACACUUGUAUAAGUUUGCUAUGCCCAAUACCCCAACUAGAAACAUGUUCAAAACCCCUCUUGCUCGUAUCGAGAGCUUCCAUAGUGAUGACUUUGAUUUCUUGCUUACCAACCCCGAAUUGAAAUCCACAGCCACGACGCCUUCCAGCUGUGUGCAAACCCCCACCUUGCCAUGUUUUGGCUACAAACUCAACCUGAAAAAGAAAAAUGCAAAAUUAAAGUCUGACAAAGCCAAGCAAAAAUCCUCUCCUUCAAAUUUGCAAGGAAGCACAAAAUAUGCAAAUGAGGAAUCAGAUGUGCUAGAAUGUCAGAGUAAUUCUGCUGACCCUUUAUCUGCUGGUGCAGGGACUGACCAGAGUAGAGCAGACGAUGGAUUAGAGAAAGGUUCAACUGUCAGCAAGGCCAAAAUACACCCAAUGGACAAGGAAGACCAAGAGACAGAACUGUUAAUCAAAGGGUCCAAGAUUUCCCAGCCCAACCAGAGGAAUCGCUGCCUAACCAAUUGUGACAGUACUGACAAUGAAAUCAAAGGCAAGAACACCCAGAACUGUUCUGACAAAAAUGGUAAACACAACACAGAAACCAAAAAAUUUAUCAAAUGUUCACCCUGGAAACAUGGCUUUGUACAGUUUUUAAGGAAGAAGAAGCCCAGUCAUCCUCAUCGUGGUCAAAACAACAACGAUUCAGUGCAUUCCAAUCAUCAUGUGGACACCCGCAAUGGACACGCGAGGCUGGCCUGCAACAGUUCUCUCCUUCGACCUAAUCAAGAUGACAGCAGUAGUGAGAUGGAGACUGCCUUCUCCCCUUCCCCUAUCCCUGUGUUUUCGGAUAAUUUAGAGGUUCGUGCCUCACCUGUUCCCGGUCAUAUAACCCCCUCCUCAUCAGCCACCAAGGUCUUUGAUUUCACUGUGGUUUCCUCAGAAUCUCCUCAAGCUAAGUCGUGCCUUCUGAGUUGGAAAGGGUGUAGAGACUGUGCUUACAGCGACGACCAGCAGUCAGAUGAUGGUCAGGGGAGUGAGUGCACCUUCCGUUUUGAACAAAGCGUGGAUGUAGCAAUCAAAACAUCUAUGGCGAUUAAGAAUGUACAGGAUGCCAAGAAGUAUUCUGCCUACAAGAAAUAUGCUCACACAUGAGUCUGUCAAUCUGCAAUCAGCAUAGGAAGAAGUACAGACAAUGCAAGCUUAUGUACUUGUGAUAAAGUGGCCUCGUAUGUGUUCAGUCUCUCCAUCUCUUACAGUUUUGAUUGUCAUGGUGACAGGUUCAGAGAGAGGCAAGACUGACAGACCUUCUCUGUGUUGACAAACAGCCUCAAAGUUGACAGGCUUUUCACUAGACCACUUUCUAUAGUUUUCUCUGAAUCUGUCACUGGGUUGAGAAUGUUUGUGUAACAUCUAUCAUUCCCAUUGAUAUUUUUUGUUUAAAUGAAUGAUCAUUCCAGGUUUGAUUGUCAUACAUUAUAUAGAUAACAAUUGUUAAAGAGCAUGUUUAGCUCUUUUUUUUAUACUGUUCAUAUUCUUCUUUUUUAUCAUAUAUGUAUAUACAUAUAUGAUGACACCUGCACAGGAACUGAGUGGGGGGCAUUUUGAUCACAUCAUCAAAAUAUAUUAUAGUCUUGUACAGCUUUAACUUUUUGUAUUUUUGUACAUGUUUAAUCAUUGAACUUUCAGCAUCCUCAUGUUUCUAUCAAUCAACAGACCACUACAAUUCCAGUUAUGGUUGAUGUAUUUCCCUGCCAUGUCACAGUUACAUGUUCCUUGUACUUUACUAUGUUGUAUUUAAACAAAAACAGUUUUCUUGGUUGUGAAAUCCUAAUCAUUUUAUGUAAUCAUUGUAUUUGUUACUUAAACAGGGAUUUGCAAAUUACUUUUAAGAUGUAUUUGCAGGUGACCAUUUUCUAUUUUUAAAUAAAUUUAGAAGCCUAUUAAUAAGCAGUACAGUAGAACACUGAAUUUAGUGCAAUAUCGGUCUGACAUUCAAUGUUUUAAAGUAAUUUAGCCUUUUACUGUUCUUGAAAAGCUUUGAUUGUACAGUGAAACCUGUCUAAUUCAACAUCCUCUAGGAGAUAAAGUGUCGGAUGAGAUUUGAGGUCGGAAUGCACAGUGCAAAGAACAUAAAAAAAGAUAAUUAGAAAUGAAACGGGGGGUCAAAAUUCACAGUGAAACAGUAAAAUUUAACAGUACACAGUUGUUGAAUAGGACAGGUUUUACUGUACGCAGUGAAACAGUACACAGUUGUUGAAUAGGACAGGCUUUACUGUACACAGGGAAACAGUACACAGGUGUUGAAUAGAACAGGUUUUACUGUACGAUGUCUGGUACUCGUCAGAUUCACUGCUACAACUGAGCACAAAAUGGAUCACAGUCUUAUUCACCAAAUCUUCAUAGUUUUCAGGAUUUUUUUGGACUUUACAACUUUUGGGUAUUAACAAUUUCUCUCUAUAUAAAAUACAAUGCAAUGAAGACUCAGAAUAUCCUAAUUUCAAAGAUUUUGAUCUCUACAAAAUUUCCAUUAUAUAUAAUACCAUUUUAUAUACUGUAAAAUUGUAUCAUUUUUGGUGCUCCAAGUUUGUCGGGGGGAAACCCAUCAGAGUACCACUUCUAUUGUGCUUCCAUCGAAUGCUCUACUUGGUUUUAUUUCCAGGCAUUACUCUUUGUGUAUGUCAUUACACUUUGUUAAAGUUUUGGAAGUUUAUGUUAUAAAUCUGUGAUAUGUUGAUUUGUACAGUCUAAUGAAUAUGACACUUCUAAGAUUAUUUUUGUUUGGUUUUUAAAAUGUAUAUGAUUUCCACUAUUAUAGGUUUACAUUUUGUUAUUAUUAUUGAUGGCAAUGGAACUGUUGUCCUUCCUUGCCAGAUUAAGUUUGUUCAUCCCUCAGGUUCUGAAAAUUGGAAAGUGUAAUUUAGUUCCUGUUCAUCAUAUUUUGUCAAAAGACUUUGAAAAAAGAUUAAAUGUUUAGGUUUAAUUUCCUAUGGUUUCUAUCAACUUUGCAAGGAUAUGAUGUCAAUGAUUCACAAAUGAUAGCUGCAUUUAAAAAAAGAUACAUGUCUCUGUUGAGAUUUGAACCACCACCUUCCCACUUAGAAUAUUAAUGUCUGAAAAUUUACUAGUGCAGUAUGAUGUCAGAUAGUUAUUAAACAGGGAGUAAUUAUUCCAAUAUGAGAUGUAUUGAGCAUUACCAAGGGAUUUACAUCAUUGAAUUGAAUUUUGAAAAUGUUUCUAUUUAUUUAAAAGCACCUUCAUAGAUUUUUAAGAACAGAAAGAAAUGCAACAUUCAAACAUAUUUGACAUUUACUGAUCAGUAUUUGUCCUUCAUCUUCCUGAAAAUCUGUAAAUGCCACCAGGAUUCAUUACCUUUUCCAAAAUUGAUAAUUUGAAAAUUCAGCAUCUUCGUGUACAAACCAAUUGGAGACAUUAUUCAUUUAGUUUAUAAAUAGAACUAAUAAGAAUUCAAGAUUUUGUGACCAUUUCUGUUUUGGAGAAUUAAAAAAAAGAAUAUGUCUGUAAACUAAAGAGCAUAUAAACCACAUGACCGAUUGUUAAGAUGCAGAUCUUGCUCAUUCGGAUAUCUGUUCUGAUUAUGAUGAUAAUCUUUGCAUUUUAAUUGAUGUCUGACAUGGGUGAGCAUUGUGAACAGUCAGUCAUGUGAUCAGUUCAUAUAAUGCACGCUUUGUUCCAUUGUUUACAUUCAAGAUUUGCAGUACUUUUUUUAAAAAAAUUUUUUUAUAUGUUAGUUGUAUAUACUUCAUAUUGUUUGGACUUUUGUCAUCAUUACUUUGUCUUUUUGCUUAAUAUAGUGUAUAAUUUUUGUGUGACAGAAUUAUGCAAUGUACAUUUAAUAACAUUUGAGCCAAGACGACAUAUUUAUAGUGAUUAGAAUAGUCGAAGUCAUACUAUUGUCUGUUUUGCAAAUUGUAUGUUCAUUUCUAAGAAUGUAUAGUAAAAGUGUCUGUAACAUAAACUUGACCCUUUUUCAAAUAUAUUCAUUAUUUAUAGUUGCUUUAUCCACCAUACUUUACAAUUGUGAUAUUGUAUGCUAACAUAGAUAUGGAAAUAGCACACAAGUCUGUGCAAUCACCAUCGCUACAACGAGGGUGUGAUUCUGUCGGUCAAGUAGUAAGUCAUUCCUCAUGUUUUGUGAGUUAAAUGUUAAUUGUUUUCAACAUUUCAUGUGAUUUACCCAUUUCUUUCAAAACUAUAUAUACCAGUUUAUACAUCUUUCCAAUUGUACUAUUGUGUUUUGUCAUACUGUGUGACUUCUGACCACUGACGGGUCAUACUAAUGGAUUUGUUACAAUUAACCUGUUAUACUGAUAUUAUAUGUAGACAUCAUGACUAUUAUAAUAAAAAUACUGUUCACAU